GCCACCGCUCGCCACCGUCCAAAAGGCAAGUCGUUCAUGGACUCUCCACAUCUCCGCCCGCUUCAUCCUCUUCCUCUACAAAGACCUUCUGCGCCAAAACAAGAAACAGCCUUCCACCUGCAAAUGGAGACUUCCCUACUCCCCAUUCUCUCGACCGCUCUUCUAGUAACUCUCUACUUCUUCUUCCGCCACCUCCGCUGCCAGCAAGCCCACAAGCUGCCGCCGGGGCCGCCACCGCUGCCGGUCAUCGGGAACCUCCACCAGCUGGGCAACCUUCCCCACCGCUGCCUCCACAGCCUCGCCAAGUCCUAUGGCCCCAUCAUGUUCCUCCGCCUUGGCAACAAGCCGACGGUAGUGGUCUCAUCGCCGGAGGCGGCUGAGCUGGUCCUCAAGACCUACGAUGGCAUCUUCUCGAGCCGCCCGAGCGUGGACGCCCUGCACCACUUGUCUUACGGCAACAAGGGGAUGGGGUUUGCGGAGAGCGGUGCAUAUUGGAGAGGCAUGAAGAAGCUGUGCACGCUGCAGCUGCUGAGCCCGGCAAAGGUUGAGUCUUUCGCACCAAUGAGGAGGGAAGAGCUGGGGAAGGUGGUCAGGAGGGUGAGGGCGGCGGCGGCAGAGCAUGAGGCGGUGGACGUGAGCGCAGAGGUGGGGCAGCUGAUCGCGGACUUGGCGUGCAGGAUGAUAUUGGGGUGCAGCACAAGGGAUAAGUUCAACUUGGAGCCUGGGAUUCACGAGGCUCUGAACUUAGCCGGGGCUUUCAAUUUGGCAGACUAUGUGCCUCUUCUUGGAGCUCUCGAUCUUCAGGGAAUAACUCGGCGUGCGAAAGCUGUUAAUCGAGCCGUGGAUAAGGUACUGGAGGACAUCAUUAGAGAACACGAGGAAGACACGACAGGAAAAUACGAGGGCGACUUCAUAGACACGUUGCUCGCCGGCAUGGGCCACCCCAUGAACGGCUCGCCGCAAGACGACGAGCCGGUUCACGUGCUGGGUCGGACCAACAUCAAGGCCUUGGCCCUCGACAUGAUCGCCGCGUCGUACGAAACCUCGUCCACCGCGAUCGAGUGGACCAUGUCCGAGCUGAUCCGCCACCCGCACGCGAUGAAACGCCUCCAGCGAGAGCUGGAAGCUGCCGUCGGGUUGGGGCGGACCGUCGAGGAGGCGGAUCUGCCAAAGCUGAAUUAUAUGGACAUGGUGGUGAAGGAGAGCUUGAGGCUGUAUCCGCCGGGCCCGCUCCUGAUCCCACACGAGUCCACGGAGGGCAUCGAGAUGGGCGGAUAUUACGUCCCGAAGGGGACUCGGGUCAUCGUGAACGCGUGGGCACUCGGGAGAGACGCCGGCGCUUGGGCGGAGGACCCGGAGGAGUUCCGCCCGGAGAGGUUUGCGGACGGCGGCGUGGACGUCAAGGGGCGGGACUUCCAGCUCAUACCGUUCGGGUCGGGGCGGCGGGGCUGCCCGGGGAUGCACUUGGGUCUCGUAAACGUGCGCCUUGUUUUGGCCCAAUUAGUGCACUGUUUUGACUGGGAGCUGCCCGCGGGGACGUCGCCGAAGGAGCUGGACAUGAGCGAGGACUUCGGGAUGUCGAUGCCGAGAGCGAAGCACUUGAUCCUAAAGCCCAUCUAUCGCCUGCUCGUUUGAAGUUUUGCAAAGUUUUUUUUGGUGGGUUCUAGUUCCUCUGUACGGUUGCACGCCUAGUUCAACGAAAAAAAAAAAUAACAGAAAGGAGAAAGAUGAUGGGCAAUGUCGGAAUUCGAGCACUGGAUGAACUCGAUUUUCUAAAAGUUUGAAUUGUUGAAAUGGUAAUGGGUCAAUAAUCAUAAAAAUGUCAUGGCAUAUUACUUAGCACGUUUUAUAUUAAUGUCAAGAACUGUUGAUAUAAUAGUUAUUUCCUUUUGCACUUGUUGCUGAUUUGAUUUUUCAGUUAUUAGAGUUAGUGGAGUCAUAUAUGUUGGUUAUCCUAGUUUUUAGGUGUUAGUGAGGCAAGUGCUUUAUGCAGAACAUGGGUAGUUAUGGUGUGUUUUACGUUAUGUAUUUUGUCUUUUGUAAAAGACUUGGUUGUU